ACUCCCGGAACUGAAGCUGGGCGCUGGGCCAUCCGGAGGCGGGGGCCACGUCAGCUGGGCGGCGGGGCUCGGCGGGGAGCGGGCGAGCGGGCGCCAUGCGGCGGGGCGCGCUUCUGGCGGGAGCCCUGGCCACCUAUGCCGCGUACCUGGGGCUGGGCGCGCUGCUGGUGGCGCGGCUGGAGGGGCCGCAGGAGGCUCGGCUCCGCGCCGAGCUGGAGAUGCUGCGGGAGCAGCUGCUGCGACGCAGCCCGUGCUUGGCCGCCCCCGCCCUGGACGCCUUCUUGGAGCGAGUGCUGGCGGCCGGCCGGCUGGGGCGCGCUGCGCUCGCCAACGCUUCGGGGCCCGCCAACGACUCGGACCCCGCCUGGGACUUUGCCUCUGCUCUCUUCUUCGCCAGCACACUGGUCACCACCGUGGGCUAUGGGUACACGACGCCACUGACUGACGCGGGCAAGGCCUUCUCCAUUGCCUUCGCGCUCCUGGGCGUGCCGGCCACCAUGCUGCUGCUGACAGCCUCGGCCCAGCGCCUGUCACUGCUGCUGACGCGCGCACCCCUGUCCCGGCUGGGCAUGCGCUGGGGCUGGGACUCCCGGCGGGUGGCCCGCUGGCAGCUGGUGACUCUGCUGGUGAUCGUGGUGACCACCUGCUUCCUGGUGCCGGCCGCAGUCUUUGCCCACCUGGAGGAGGCCUGGAGCUUCCUGGAUGCCUUCUACUUCUGCUUCAUCUCUCUGUCCACCAUUGGCCUGGGUGACUAUGUGCCCGGGGAAGGCCCCGGCCAGCCCCACCGGGCCCUCUACAAGGUGCUGGUCACAGUCUACCUCUUCCUGGGCCUGGUCGCCAUGGUUCUGGUGCUGCAGACUGUCCGCCACGUGUCCGACCUUCACGGCCUCACCGAGCUCAUCCUGCUGCCCAGCCCGUGCCCCACCAGCUUCCAUGACGAUGAGGACAACCGGGUGGACAUUCUGGGCUCCGAGUCAGAACCUCACCGGCAGCUCACCGCCAGCUCCCACGCCGACUACGCCUCCAUCCCCAGGUAGCUGGGCGGGCAGCUUGAGGCUGGACGGACCUGCGCCGGAGGCCACGUGGGAGCGGACGUACCAGACCGUCGUGGGCACGUGCCGGUGCUUGUGGGGGCACUGCCACCACCUGUCCUUCGUUGUACCUGUCCUGUGCUCCCCGAGCACCUGGAUUGCCUCGUUCUCCUGGCUCCUUCUCUCAGCUCCCCGACAUCCUGUGCCUCGCCGGCCUCCUCACUGUCCUGUAUUUCCCUCUCACGUCUGUUUCUUCCUCUUUUCUUCCGUCUGCUUCUCUCAGCAACUCGCCGUCUCCGGCUCCGCCAGGCUGCCGGCUCAGACCUCAUUUUGGGCACUAGGCCAGUCGGUCACUACACCCUGGGCAAGUGGCAUACAGAGAAUACAGGAUGGGGCCAAAGGAGGUUUACAGUUGUUUAUAUGAAAAAUAAUAUAAUAAUACAGAAUGGUAUAAGAAUAAACUCUGGUUUGUGUACUCACAACUGCCUUUGCCCCACCCUGUAUAUGAAUUCAUCCCAAACUCCCUCUUCUUCGCUGGGCACUGCUAGGGACACGGUGGUGAUCGAGGUGGCUGGGCCCCGCGCUCAUGGGGCUCCCAGUCCAGUGAGGUAGACAGACGUGUCCCUACACAGUGAGCCCAGAACUGGCAGGAUUUCAAUAGUGGAGGCAGAGUGAGCAACGGUGUGAUGGAGAAAAGCGAGGAAGUACCCAAUCCAACCUGUAAGGUCAGGGAGGGCUGCCUGGAGGAAGGGACAACCGAACUCAGCCCUGAAAUAUGGUUAGUGGUCCAGGGAAGAAGAUGUAACCGAUUUUCCUCAGGGGUCUCCAGGGAGCAAGACCUAUGCGGAGGGCCCUGGGCUAGGCCUGGGUGCUGGAAUCUUCCUCAGCAGGAAACAGGAUCCUGGUCUGGAUCCGAAUGGCACAGAGGGACACUGUCCUUAGCCACGACACUGUUGUGGCAGCUGUCCGCAUUUCUGAGCACUGAGUGCGUAUUGUGUGGGCUCUGGAACCAGCCUGCUCGGGCUCAAAUCCCAGCCGGGUUGCAUACCCAUCUCCUCGGCCGGCCAGUGCCCUGUCAUCCCCAGGUCCCUCUGUGCAGUGGCAAUAAUAAUAGUAGUCACUCCACAAGGCGACUUCACAGAGCUGCCAUGUUAUUCUGUGAUGCUUUCU